AUGCCAGGUCCAGCUGUCAUCCAUGGACCAUUAAUACGAGGCCCAGGUGUCAUCCAUGGACCACUAACACCAAGCCCAGCUGUUAUCCAUGGACAACUACCACCAGGCCCAGCUGUCAUCCAUGGACCAUUAAUAACAGGCCCAGCUAUCAUCCAUGGACCAUUAACACCAGGCCCAGCUGUCAUCCACGGACCACUAACACCAGGCCCAGCUGUCAUCCAUGGACCACUAAUACCAGGUCCAGCUGUCAUCCAUGGACCACAAACAUUAGGCCCAGCUGUCAUCUAUAGAUCACUAACACCAUGUCCAGUUGUCAUCCAUGGACCACUAACACCAGGCCCAGCUGUCAUCCAUGGACCACUAAUACCAGGUCCAGCUGUCAUCCAUGGACCACAAACAUUAGACCCAGCUGUCAUCUAUAGAUCACUAACACCAGGCCUAUCUGUCAUCCACGGACCGCUAACACCAGGCCCAGGUGUCAUCCAUGGACCAUUAAUACAAGGCCCAACUGUCAUCAAUGGAACAUUAACACCAGGCCCAGCUGUCAUCAAUGGAACACUAACACCAGGCCCAAUUGUCAUCCAUGGACCACUAACAACAGGCCCAGUUGUCAUCCAUGGACCACUAACACCAGGCCUAUCUGUCAUCCACGGACCGCUAACACCAGGCCCAGGUGUCAUCCACGGAACAUUAAUACAAGGCCCAACUGUCAUCAAUGGAACAUUAACACCAGGCCCAGCUGUCAUCAAUGGAACACUAACACCAGGCUCAGCUGUCAUCUAUGGACCACUAACAACAAGUCCAGUUGUCAUCCAUGGACCACUAACACUAGGCCCAGCUGUCAUCCAUGGACCACUAACACUAGGCCCAGCUGUCAUCCACAGACCAUUAAUACAAGGCCCAGCUGUCAUCCAUGGACCACUAACACCAGGCCCAGCUGUCAUCCAUGGACCACUAACACCAGGCCCAGCUGUCAUCUAUGGACUGCUAAUGCCAGGUCCAGCUGUCAUCCGUGGACCAUUAAUACGAGGCCCAGGUGUCAUCCAUGGACCACUACCACCAGGCCCAGCUGUCAUCCAUGGACAACUACCACCAGGCCCAGCUGUCAUCCAUGGACCAUUAAUAACAGGCCCAGCUAUCAUCCAUGGACCAUUAACACCAGGCCCAGCUGUCAUCCAUGGACCACUAACACCAGGCCCAGCUGUCAUCCAUGGACCACUAAUACCAGGUCCAGCUGUCAUCCAUGGACCACAAACAUUAGGAGCAGCUGUCAUCUAUAGAUCACUAACACCAUGUUCAUUUGUCAUCCAUGGACCACUAACACCAGGUCCAAUUGUCAUCCAUGGACCACUAACACCAGACUCAGCUGUCAUCCAUGGACCACUGCCACCAGGUCCAGCUUUUAUUCACUGA